GACUCAGAAUAGUUUCUUUUGUCUCCGGUCACGUGACUUUACCCGUUAUUCGCAGGGUAUCAUGGACGUAGUGUGUGAUAUCUAAUUGGAUUUUGCUACAAACUUCUGAAUUACGUAAAACGAGACUGUGCGAAUCGGAAAUUAGCAGCGUGAAAUCAAUUUCGAAUUUAUUUCAGGAGUGAAAUAUACAUAUGCGACGAGUUUAGCAAUAUAAUACACGGCGGCAUGGGAAACAACGUCAGUGUAGCGGGACUAGCGAAUGAGUUCCAAGUAUCACAAUCAGAAAUUAUAGAAUUGAAGAGGAUAUACAAAGAAAACUGUGGGAAAAGCCGGUUUUUAUCGAGAGAGAAAUUCAGGAAUGUGUACAACAAAGUAUUCCCUGGUGACGCGUCAGCGUUUGCAGAUAUUAUGUUCAAUAAAUUUGAUACGGACAAGAAUGGCAGAGUCGAUAUGAGAGAGUUUAUUGUCGGCCUUCUGAUGAGCGACACGAAGAACUUAGAUCAAAAAAUAAAAUUUGCUUUCGAAAUGUACGAUAUCGACAAAUCAGGAACAAUUUCUCGGGACGAGGUUAUAGAAAUAUCGGAGGCCUACUCGCGGAUGUAUAACACGGAAGAUGGCACUACGGUCGCUGACAGGUUGUUUUCGUACAUGGACAAGAACAGUGAUGACGAGAUCUCGUUCGAGGAAUUCGAUGAAGCAGCGCGCUCCAAUUCGGAAAUAUUAAAUCUCCUUUUCCCAAAACCUCCCGAGCAUGCGUAACAUAUAUGUAUUAU